GAAGGAGGAGCUUCCGCAGUACAAGCUCUCUCUUCAAAGGUCGCUGUGACCGGUUGUAAGGAGCCUUUAACCGCACAAAAAUGAUGUCCCUGCCCGCUCGUUUGGGGGCUUUGUCCCCUUACCUGCAGGCUUGUGGCCCCCUGAAAGCUUUACUUCCCGGAGCAGUGAAUACAGAAGUGCUGGUGAAGUCUGCUGUAUGCGGCCAUUUCGGAGCACGUCUGGCUCACACUGACAUCAAAAUCCCUGACUUCUCUGACUAUCGUCGUGUUGAGGUGUUGGAUCCCAAGAAGCCCUCUCAGGAAAGCGGUGAUGCUAGACGGGCCUUCUCUUACCUGGUGACUGGAUCCACUGCUGUGGUGGGUGUGUAUGCAGCCAAAACGGUCGUGACCCAAUUCGUGUCCUCAAUGAGUGCCUCUGCUGAUGUCUUGGCCCUGUCCAAAAUCGAGAUCAAGUUGUCCGACAUUCCAGAAGGGAAAAACAUGACCUUCAAGUGGAGAGGCAAGCCUCUGUUUGUUCGCCACAGAACAGAGAAGGAGAUCGCAGCCGAGCAGAGCGUAGAUCUCUCAGAGCUCCGGGACCCCCAGCAUGACAAAGACCGCGUCACCAACCCCACCUGGGUCAUCGUCAUUGGGGUCUGCACUCAUCUCGGCUGUGUCCCAAUCGCCAAUGCCGGUGAUUACGGCGGGUACUACUGCCCCUGCCACGGGUCACAUUAUGAUGCUUCAGGAAGGAUCAGGAAAGGACCUGCACCUCUCAACUUAGAGGUGCCUUAUUAUGAGUUUCAGGAUGAGGAUACUGUAAUUGUUGGAUAAACAAUGGACAUUUUCUCUGUAUGCUUUUAAUGUGUCCAGCCAAAUCUAACUAUUAAUAAAUAUAUAUUUUAAAGCAA